UCAAAUGCUUGUUGCUAUGGAUACGAGGCUCAUGUUUGCAGACUGUGGAGGGUUUUUUUUUUCCUUUUUUUGCUCUCUUUUCUUUAGAUAACUAUUACAGAAAUGGACUCAAAAAUAAAGUUAGAAAUUGUUGGAUUGAUUAAAGACCCUAAUUUUCAUGUUGCCAAAAGUAUUGCAGAGGGGCUAAAACAAAAGUUCCCUGAGGAAUUUCUGGAUCCAAAAGUUCAACCACUGCUUGAGUUCGACUGGCAUGAAUAUCUUUGUAACAAGAAAAUGGAGCUGCGUGGUGAAGUGUGGCAGUACUCCAGCAGCCUGAUGUGCCUUCUCAACGGUAUCCCCCUCGGUGAUGAGAAGGAUCUCGCUGGCUGGGCCGAGAAUCAGUGGAGUUUCACUUUCACGCAGCCAGCGGCCUCCUUCAUGGCUGGAGCUGAAGCCUGCUUCACCAAACACCUGAAGAAAACUGGGCACCAGUUUGUCUUCAUGGACAUUCAGAUAGCAGGAGAAGCAGUCGGGAAGUUAUUGUUUGAGCUGUUCUCAGAUAUUUGUCCAAAGACAUCAAAGAAUUUUGAGGCUCUGUGCACAGGAGAGAGAGGUCUGUCAGAAAGCGGCAUCCCUCUUUGCUACAAGGGCUCUGUGUUUCAUCGUGUGGUGCCCAAUGGCUGGGUUCAAGGUGGAGAUAUUUCUCCAGAAAGAAAAGGAGAUGGAGGGGAGUCGAUCUUUGGUCCAACUUUUGCUGAUGAGAGCUUUGCUGUGUCUCACUCUAAACGAGGAACUCUAGGAAUGGCCAAUAAGGGCCCUCAUAGCAACGGAUCCCAGUUCUACAUCACCCUGCAGCCAACAACCUGGAUGGACAGGACCUAUGUUGCCUUUGGUCAGGUGGUUGAGGGUGUGGACAUCCUCAGGAGAUUAGAAGUGGUUUUGACCUGCAAUGAAAGACCGAAGUAUGAAUGUAAAGUUACAGAUUGUGGAGUGUUUAAGAGUUAACACCUGUACAUUUAAAAUUGAGAUUUAAAAAAAUGUUCAAUGAGCAGAAAAUAAACAUUUGAAUCAUC